GUCUUCCUACACAAUUAAAACUCUUCUCUCUCUCUCUCUCUCUCUCUCUCUCUCUCUACCUGCCCAGGCUCCACAUAGAUAUUCUUUUCUUAUCAUGUUUGCGUAGAUUAAUGCCUUUGCUUUUUCUUCUUCUUUUGUUGCCGGUGGAAAUUGUACGGCAUUUCCCUUUUUUUGACGUCUUAAAGCGCAUUUGGAACCUUAAAAACUAUAUCUAGCUAGGUAAUGGGAUGGAGCGACUGACUUGUGGUAAAUCAUCGAUCGAGCUCAAACAUUUCUGAGCGUUAAUUUUUCAAGUUGUUCAUGUGAACAUCUGAUCAGUUGAAAACUGAAGUACUGGGUUUCGAUAAUUUUGAGGGAUAUAUAGAUAGAUAGUAAGUAUGGGAAGCACAGGCACUCGUGCGAAGAAGGGAGGAUCAAAGGAUGAACAAGGCUUGAUAGAUUUGGUAUUCUCAUGGUCUCUCUCUGAUGUGCUCAACAAAAAUCUUUACAAGGCCAAGGUUAAGCUGAUUCCAAAGACAUUUUCAUCAACCAAUGAGUAUCUGAACUCAUUCAUCUACCCCCUCAUCGAAGAAACACACGCCGAUUUGUUCUCAAGCAUGGAGACAGUGGCUCGUGCUCCUACCCGUGAAACAUGGACCGUUAAUAUAUCCAAAGGCUUCAAACCUCCCAAGAAAUUGUACUACAAAAUUUCAUUGAAUAGAAACAGAGACACUGCAAACGGUGAAGUGUAUGAGCCCGAGUUUGGAGAUCUUAUCGCAUUGACAGAGGUCAGGCCGAAACGUAUUGAUGAUCUAGACAGGCCUAAAAGUCCUUAUCUUAUUGCUUUGGUUCAAAGCGGCGAAUAUGUUUCUGAAAGAAUUUAUAUACGGGCGUCCAAGCCGAUCAUGUUGGGUGAAGAUGGAGAUAGACGAGGUGAUGAGAAUAAGAAAAGAUUCUUUGUUGUUUACCUUACAAACAUGGUUACUAAUCUAAGAAUAUGGACGGCUUUGAAGUCGGAUCCAGAAGGGGAGAACAUGAAAAUCAUUAGAAGAGUGCUGCAACCGGAUUCCACUAUUGAGGAAAGUUGUACCAAGUGCUUGUCUGAAGAGAGUAACCAAGCUGUCUUGUCCAUUGUCAAGAAUGCCAUAAGCUCCUUUAAGUUAGACAACUCCCAACAGGAUGCUGUGUUAAGUUGUGUUGCCACAAGACAAUGUCGUCAUCAAAAUACUGUCAAACUAAUAUGGGGCCCUCCCGGAACUGGGAAAACAAAGACAGUAGCUUCAUUGUUGCUUGUUCUAUUUAGGAUAAAAUGCAGAACACUGACAUGUGCCCCAACCAACAUUGCAGUGUUGGGAGUUACUUCACGGCUGAUGAGUUUGGUGAGUCGUGAACUCAAGUAUGAUACUUAUGGAUUGGGAGACAUAGUAUUGUUUGGUAAUGGGGAGCGAAUGAAGAUUGACGAUCAUGAAGAUCUCUUUGAUGUGUUUCUUGAUUACCGUGUUGCUGCUCUUUCAAGUUGUCUUGCUCCAGAUUCUGGGUGGAAACAUAAUGUAGAGUCGAUGAUGUGUUUACUUAAAAACGCUGAAAAGAUGUACCGUUUGUAUUUGAAAGAAGAGAAAAAGAAGAAGAAAGAGGAGGAGGAGGAGGAGGAGACUGGUUUUGGAAAAAGAAUGGUUAUUAACAAUCAAGACAAAGGGGCACAUAUUUACGGUCAAGACUUGAAUGAUGUGGAUAAAAAGGGAAUUUGGAGGAGGGAGAUUGUUCAAACCUUGAAGGAAAACAAGAAAACAGAAAAGAAGAAGAAAAAGGAGCCUUCGAAGAGAAGAGGGAAAUUGAAGGGUGAUGAAAGAGAUGAAAAGGGCAACUCAACUCCAAGUAAGAAAGAAAGAAAUGUGAAGAAUGAUGGAGAUCCGAUGACGUUUGAGGAGUUUUUCCUGAAGAGAUUUAAACGUAUAGGAAAUCAGCUCAGCUUUUGUAUUAGAAAUUUGUACACACAUAUGCCAACAUCUUUCAUUUCAUUGGAAGUGGUAAAGAAUAUGAUUAAGGCUCUCGAUUUGCUAAAAACCAUUGAAACUAUGUAUACCCGUGCUGUUGCAAACAAGGGUUUGAAAGAAGUCUUGAAUGGAGUUGACGAGGUUGGUUACAUGAUUAAACACUAUAGGAAGCUGAGUUGCAAGACAGAGUGCAUUCAAAUACUCAAAUUCGUUUCUGAAACAUUAGAUUUGCCAGAAUUUACAGGAUUCUGUCAAAUUUGGAGUUUUUGCUUGCAAAACGCGUCCUUGAUAUUUUGCACUGCUUCAAGCUCCGCUAAAUUGCCUGUUUCAAAAGAAAAUUUCAUUCCAAAAAAAAGCUCCGCUAAAUUGCAUACAGAGGGAAUGAGACCACUGGAACUGUUGGUCAUUGACGAAGCUGCUCAGCUCAAAGAAUGCGAAUCCGCUAUUCCAUUGCAGCUCUCUGGUCUCCGUCAUGCUAUACUCAUUGGGGAUGAACGGCAACUGCCUGCAAUGGUCCAAAGCAAGAUAUGCCAGCGGGUUGAAUUUGGAAGAAGCUUAUUUGAGAGGCUGGUAAUAUUAGGACAUGAGAAACAUCUUCUUAGUGUCCAGUACAGAAUGCAUCCAUCAAUAAGCUUGUUUCCAAAUAGGGAGUUCUAUGAGAGUAAGAUUUUGGAUGGUCCCAACGUCAAAGAACAAGCCUACAAUAGGUGUUUUCUUCGAGGAAGUAUGUACGGAUCCUAUUCAUUCAUCAACGUAAGCCAUGGAAAAGAGGAAUUUGAUAGCAGACAUAGCAGGAAAAACAUGGUGGAGGUGGCUGUGGUUUCUGAGAUUGUUGCAAGGCUCUUUAAAGAAUCUGUGGCAUCAAAACAAAAGGUUAGGGUGGGUUGCAUAUCGCCAUACAAAGCUCAAGUAUUUGCACUCCAAGAAAAAUUUGGGAAAACAUACAAUACAGAUUCAAACAGUGACUUCUCUGUGAACGUUCGAUCUGUUGAUGGGUUUCAAGGUGGUGAGGAGGAUCUCAUAAUAAUUUCUACUGUGAGGUGUAAUGGGAGUGGAUCUGUGGGCUUUCUUUCCAAUCGUCAGAGAACAAAUGUGGCCCUCACCCGUGCAAGGCAUUGCCUCUGGAUACUGGGCAAUGGUGCUACAUUGAUAAACAGCGGCUCUGUUUGGAAGAAACUAGUUGUCGAUGCCAAGGCUCGGAGUUGCUUUUACAAUGCCACUGAGGACAAGAACUUGGCUCAAGCUGUUGCAGGUGCCUUGGUGGAGCUUAACCAACUUGAUGCGUUACUCACAACUGAUUCGCUGCUGUUUCGCAAUACAAGGUGGAAGGCUUGCUUCAGUGACAAUUUUGUGGAGUCCAAUUCUAGAAUUAAGAACGUAGAUGACCGAAAGCAAGUGCUUUGCAUCAUACAAAGGCUUUCAAGUGGCUGCUGGCAUCAGCAUCGAAAGGCUAACAUUCUCGAAAAACAGGGUGGGACUUCUCCUCAGCUGUUGGAGCUGUACACAGUCAAUGGAUGGCUGAGCCUCAUUUGGAGUGUGGACGUUGUCAGGGAAGGUUCAAAAGACUUUCAGGUUCUAAAGUUCUGGGAUAUUUUGCCUAUGGCCAAGAUACCAAAACUGGCAAAGCAUCUAGACAGUUUGUUUGGGAACUAUACGCUUGAUAAGAUGAACAGCUGCAAAUGCAGACGCUUUGAAGGGAAUUUAGUAGUCCCGGUGACAUGGCCAGCCGGCUCGGGUGCUUGUAAGAAGACUUCUACGGCUGAUUCUGAUUAUGUGCAGCCGUUAGAAAGCCGAUUAGCUAAAUUAAGUAUAAUGGAUGAGCCGGGAUCGCCAAGUAAUAGAUACCAUGUGAAUGCCAAAGUGAAGAUUAAAGAGGCAAAAGACAAGGGGAUGAAUAAGAGUUGGCGAGUGGUGAAACAGGAGGAAAAACAGAACAAGACUUAAGCUUUGAGGAAAUUUGGAAGAUAGUUUAGCUUUUCUGUUGUUUUUUGGGUACAGAAGAUGCUUUAUUUUGGAUUUGAUCCUACGCGGGCAGAGCGCACAUGAUAUUUUAGUCAUGCUCGAUACCGACUCAGGCACGUCCACCUGUUGUUAAUCUAUUGGUUAAACUUAAGGAGUGGUUUGUCUUAACAAUGGAUGAUUUUUUUUAUUUUUUUGGCAUUUGUUACUUUUGCGUCAAUUUUAGUUAUAUUAUUGUUUCAUCUCUACAAGA